CACCCACCACAACUAAUACGUCUUCUUGAAAAUCCGUUGCUGCCGAGUUCACUCUCCCUUUUCUAACCAUGGAAGUACUCUUGUCGCUUCAAAUUCUGCUGAUACUUUUCUUUCUUUCCCUCUUUUUUUACCUCUACGCUCUCUUCCCUUCAAAGAAGAAACCUGCCAACAAGGGCUUCAAGUUUUAUCCCAUAGUAGGGGCCUUACCGGAAUUCUUAAGAAAUCGACACCGGUUCCUUGAGUGGACUACAGAAACACUCAGUCAUUGCCCCACCAACACUGCUGUCUUUCACCGUCCUGGCAAAGUCCAUGGCAUCAUCACUGCAAACCCUUUGAAUGUUGAGUAUAUUCUCAAGACGAACUUUGAGAACUACCCAAAAGGAGACCGGUUUAUCAACCUUCUUGAAGACUUCCUCGGUAGAGGAAUCUUUAACUCGGAUGGAGAGCUAUGGAGAGUCCAGAGGAAAACUGCUAGCUAUGAGUUCAAUACAAAGUCACUCCGAAAUUUUGUCAUGGAGAAUGUUGAGGUUGAAAUUUCGACAAGGUUAGUUCCAAUUCUUGCCAAAGCUUCGAAAACAAAGCAGGUGUUGGAUUUGCAAGACAUAUUGGAAAGGUUUGCAUUUGAUAAUAUAUGUAAAGUGGCUUUUAAUGUUGAUCCUGCUUGUCUUGGCGGCGAUGGGACCAGUGGUGGUGAGUUUAUGCGUGCGUUUGAAGAUGCUGCCACACUUAGCUCUGGGAGAUUCAUGUAUGUUCUUCCAGUUUUUUGGAAAAUUAACAGAUUUUUCAAUGUUGGGACAGAGAAAACAUUGAGAGAAUCAGUUAAAAUUGUCCAUGAAUUUGCGGAUGAGAUGAUACGGUCUAGAAUGGAGCUAAAAACUGAAAAGAAUGAUGAAGAUUUUCUAUCACGGUUUAUAGGGAAGGAUGAAAAUUCAACUGAAUUUCUCAGAGAUAUUGUCAUAAGCUUUAUUCUGGCAGGCCGAGACACAACAUCCUCUGCUUUGAGUUGGUUCUUUUGGCUACUAUCAUUAAACCCGGAUGUAGAAGGGAACAUAUUAAAGGAGCUUGAAACGAUUCGGUCAAGCAACGGAAAAAAUCUCGGUGAUACUUACAGUUUUGAAGAGCUCCGAGACAUGCAUUAUUUGCAGGCAGCUAUUGCAGAGACAUUAAGAUUGUAUCCACCAGUGCCAGUGGAUACAAAAGCUUGCCAAAGUGAUGAUGUAUUGCCAGACGGUACAUUUGUGGGAAAGAAUUGGUUUGUAACAUAUCACGCGUAUGCCAUGGGAAGGAUGGAGAGUAUCUGGGGCAAGAAUUGCCGCGAUUUUGUUCCUGAAAGAUGGCUAGAGAAUGGAAUAUACAGGCAAGAGAGUCCAUUCAAGUUUCCUGUUUUCCAUGCUGGGCCAAGAAUGUGUCUGGGGAAAGACAUGGCCUAUAUCCAGAUGAAAUCCAUUGCAGCAUCGGUGAUUGAGCGAUUUGAGAUUGAUGUGCAGAACAAGGAAAAGUGCCCGGAUCAUUUGUUGUCCUUGACACUAAGGAUGAAAGGUGGAUUGCAGGUUAAGGUGAAGGAAAGAUGAGUGGAAAUGAGGAUGAGCUCGACAAAAUCUCUCCAUGCAUGAUUAAUAAUGUUAACUAGCUUCACGGCAAGCUAGUCCUAUGUUCGUUUGUUUUCCCUUUCAUGGUGUUUAUGCUUUAAUAGUACCCAUAGAAAUUUGCUGAAUUUA